AUGUCAGGAGAGGAGCUCGAAAAUGGAGUAUACCACGACGAAGAAGUGGAUAUAGCUCUUGAUGGUCCAGUUAGUCUUAAUACCGGGAAACCCAAAAUCACCAUCCCUGCUACAAAUUAUAACGAUGACGAGAACGAGACAGACAGUAUAGCUCUAGACGACCAGAUAGAUAUCGGGGAAGGCUUUGUGUGGGCUCUGCAUACUUUUGUGGCAAACUUGGAAGGACAAGUAUGUGUGCUGAAAGGCGACGCUCUGGAACUACUUGAUGAUUCAAAUUCGUACUGGUGGUUGGUGAAAUGUAUGAAAACCGACGAGAUUGGUUAUAUACCCGCCGAGAACAUUGAGACUCCAUUCGAGAGACUAGCCCGACUGAAUCGGCAACGAAACGUUGCGCUGAUUGCACCUGGAGAUGCCGACAUUGAUGAAAUAACGCAACAGGACGAAUUCAAAGUGAAGCUGCACGUCAACUUUGCUGAAUCUCAUACCGUCAUUAUUGAAGAAAUAGACGAGUAUGAGGACGGCGAUGAGGAUUUAUCAACUGGUGGUGAUAGCAGUGAAGCACCGGAGCGAGACUCGGAUGGAGAAUCGCUGGGUGAAUCUGUUUCGUCAUUGGAUAGUAAGAAGAAGACGAAGAAAUUGGGAUUCUUCUCGCGAUUACUGGGUCGAAGUACAUCUUCCAUGACAUCGAGCUUCGCAUCGCUGACCGGGUCGGGCCAUUCAUCGAAAGAAGCCCUCGUCAAGGCUAAUGACAUAACUGUCCGAUCAGCUUCCAGGAAUGACGAGACAUCACCAUCUCUAGACUCAGCUGUUGCUACUGAGUCGCCAAUAAACGUGCUACGGAUAUAUGCUGGAAAUGUAGAUUUGAAGGCCAACUUCAAGACUGUAGCCAUCAAGAAGGGCAUGUCGGUUAGAGAUUUGGUUGAUGCAGCUUUGAAAAAGUUUAGGAUAUCAAAUGCGAAAGAUGGAGAGUAUUAUGUCGGUCUUCUAUUCAUGGACUCGCAGGAAAAGAUAUUAGAACCAGAAGACAGUUUCUAUGAUCACGUCGACAGUUUAAGGCAUCGCCACUUACCAGGUGUAGCUGACUUCUCUAAAUUGUCUCGCCAUGUUUCGAAACGAGGACUCGUAUCUUCAGUCCGCGUAAAUGAUGAUACCAUUCUGAAAGUGCUACUAAACAAAAGAUACGGAGACAGAGAUCAACGGCUUGUGCGUGUCUUUCUAUAUGAUGAAUCGGAUCAAACUGGUAAAAUCCGAUACUACAAGACUAUUGCCGUAACGGACACUACCACCGUUGCCGAGACCACUUCAGUCGCUUUACGAAAGUUUAAUAUAACAGAUACGCUGACGACAUAUCGAUACAGGCUACGUAGUGUGAUAACAGGUGUUGAAGAUAUCCUGGAUGAUGAUGCCAUGACUGCUGAUGUGUUGGUCAAGGCUGAUGCAGAGGGAAAAGAUGUCACAUUUGUAUUGACGAGAGAGCUGCUGGAAGGUGCGACACCGCUCCCAUUAGGUGCUUUGGGAGCAGCUCCAGAUAUUGCGCCAGAUGGAUCACUGACGAAAGCAGAUAUGGAAACCAUACUGAAAAGCCGGCCUGCCUUUCUCGAAUCACCUACCAAUUCGAACGACUCGACACCAAACAUAUCUGCAUCGCCGUCUCUGGAAAGUUUAUCGGCUGCUGCUACAGGAGAUAGUAAUAAUAUAAAUAGGGUCCGAAAUGUGCCUGCUAAUUUACGAACAAGUACUGCUACACCAACAAACGAUAUUCCAGUAAUUGCACCACCGAGUGUAGAGCCUCCGUCGAUGGUCGUUGUACCAGGUGUCUUGCCAUUUGAUUCGUUGCUUCGACCUAAACUUGCACAUACCACGGCACCAUCACCAUUAAGUAUAGCGCACCUACCUGCCUUGCCAGCAUCUGCAGCAUCCACUGCACCAUCAUCUGUAAACGCAACACCAUUAUCACCACAUGCACCAACACCACUAAACAUAGAUUCCAAAUCCGCUCCAUCGUCCCCUCUUGUUUCAAACGACACCACCAACAACACCAAUAAAUCGGCACCAACCACUCCAAUGCAAUCAAACCCAACAUCACCACUGAAUGCAAUAUCCUCGCCUACAUCGACAAUAGCAAACAAACCAGCAUCCCUGCUGACAAUAACAAAUCCACAACAACCUGAUGCAUCAUCCCGAAAAACGUCUUCUGCAUCGGUGCAAUCCAUACCGCAAUCAGCUACAUCGACCACAUCAAAGGAACUGAGGCGGACGGAAUCCAACCAUGGUUUGAAACCUAAUGGUAUAAAUAGCGCUACACCGUCACUACGUGCUGUUGCUUUAUCGCCUGUAGCAGCAGUAGCUCCGUCACUCACAGUAGAAACCACUGACGCCACACCACGAUCAUCAGUAGGAUCCAGUGUCCCACGGUCGUCUGCCGCAUCCAGUAUACCCAGAUCAUCAACAGGCACCGCACCCACAUACACACUAGACAUGCCAGAUUUCAGCACAAUCAGUACAGUCUCAACACCACCGCUGCAACCUUCUAUAAAUGGUACCGCCUCAUCCAGUCUAGACCGCAACAACCAGUCCAGCUUUGAUAUAAUGGAACAAUAUCUCGACGAGAUACUGAAAGAGUCGGCAGAUACAUCCAAACUGGAAGAUUUAGAAGCGAAGCUGAAACAGAACCUAGAUUCCAAAUCGAGUAUACCGACACCGCCCAUGACGACCAAGAAACGCGAUUCGUUGAGACAAGACGUGCUGAAACGGUUGUCGAUAUCAGGUGUAUCGUCCAUCGCACCAGGAUCAAACAUUACUAGCAGCACAACAACACAAUCACUUCGAGACGUAUACGCAGAUUUCGAAGCAUACCUAGACGGUGUCGAAUCAGGUCCCGUAACACCCGUAUCAAACACCAACGGAAUGAUACUCAAAAACCCGUUAAACGGUCUCGCAUCCAUUACUAUACCGGGAACGCCCGUAACACCAAUAACAGAUUACGGAAGCUUGAAUGGAUCGGCGUUUAGUUCGAUCAUUGAAAUGGAUUCGGCGCCGGCUUCUGCUGGUAUGCAGCAACCGGGGGCGAUGUCACCUAUGGAAUAUAGCACGACGAGUGCGAAUGGGGUUAUACCUAAUGGGAUACAGAGUGUGCCGCGUAGUCUCUCUGGGGAUGGUGUGACUAAUGGUAGUGCGCCGGCGUCUGGUGCCCUGUUGCCACCGCAUCUUGCGUGGGAUGAGAAGGCGGGUGCUAAUAUGGGGUCGUUGGGACGGGAUUUGGAGAACUUGCUAACCAGCGCAUUGAUGCAAUACGAUGAAACGUCGUGA